AUGCAGAGGAAAAAGGUGGAUAACCGCAUCCGAAUCCUCAUUGAGAAUGGAGUGGCAGAGAAACAGAGGACUCUCUUUGUCCUUGUGGGAGACCACGGAAAAGACCAGGUGGUUAUCCUGCAUCAUAUGUUGUCUAAAGCAACGGUGAAGGCCAGACCCUCGGUGCUGUGGUGUUAUAAGAAGGAGCUGGGAUUUAGCAGCCACCGGAAGAAAAGAAUGAGACAGUUACAAAAGAAGAUAAAAAGUGGAACGCUGAACAUUAAACAAGAUGAUCCAUUUGAACUAUUUAUCGCGGCAACAAACAUUCGAUACUGCUACUAUAACGAAACCCAUAAAAUCCUGGGCAACACUUUUGGCAUGUGUGUCCUUCAGGAUUUUGAAGCUUUGACUCCGAAUCUUCUGGCUAGGACUGUGGAAACGGUGGAAGGGGGCGGGGCAGUAGUGAUCCUCCUGCGUACUGUGAAUUCACUCAAGCAGUUGUACACGAUGACCAUGGAUGUGCAUUCGCGCUACAGAACCGAGGCACACCAAGAUGUGGUGGGAAGAUUUAAUGAGAGGUUUAUUCUGUCUUUGGCAUCUUGUAAGAACUGCAUAGUAAUUGAUGACCAGCUCAACAUCCUGCCCAUCUCCAGUCACAUCGCUAAUAUUAAGGCUCUUCCUCCGCAAACUCCGGAUGACAACCUCACUCCUUCUCAGAUGGAGUUGAGAGAGUUGAAGGAGAGCUUGCAGGACACCCAGCCAGUGGGGGUGCUGGUGGACAGCUGUAAGACGUUUGACCAGGCCAAAGCCGUACUGAAAUUUAUUGAAGCAAUCUCGGAGAAGACACUGAGGAGCACCGUGGCGCUUACAGCUGCCCGAGGCCGAGGCAAAUCAGCCGCUUUGGGAUUGGCCAUUGCUGGGGCAGUGGCUUUUGGGUACUCCAACAUCUUUGUCACCUCUCCAAGUCCAGAUAACCUCCACACCUUGUUUGAAUUUGUUUUUAAAGGGUUUGAUGCCCUGCAGUAUCAGGAACAUUUGGACUAUGAGAUAAUACAGUCAUUGAAUCCUGAGUUUAACAAAGCUGUGAUCAGAGUGAAUGUGUUCAGGGAACACAGACAGACCAUACAGUAUAUUCACCCGGCAGAUGCGGUGAAAUUGGGUCAGGCUGAGCUGGUUGUGAUUGAUGAAGCUGCAGCCAUCCCCCUCCCACUGGUGAAAAACCUGUUAGGGCCAUAUCUGGUGUUCAUGGCUUCAACGAUCAAUGGGUAUGAAGGCACGGGUCGGUCGCUGUCCCUGAAACUGAUUCAACAGCUUCGACAGCAGAGCGCUCAAAGCCAGAUCAGUACGACAGCAGAAAACAAAUCCACAACCACAGCCAGGCUGGCGUCAGCUCGAACAUUACACGAAGUUUCCCUCCACGAGUCGAUCCGCUAUGCCCCCGGCGAUCCUGUGGAGAAGUGGCUUAAUGACUUGCUGUGCCUGGACUGCCUCAAUAUCACCAGGAUAGUCUCGGGCUGCCCUCUGCCCGAGGCCUGUGACCUGUACUAUGUGAAUCGAGACACGCUCUUCUGUUAUCACAAGGCAUCGGAAGUUUUUCUGCAGCGGCUGAUGGCUCUCUAUGUGGCUUCCCAUUACAAGAAUUCUCCCAAUGACCUCCAGAUGCUUUCAGAUGCUCCUGCUCAUCACCUAUUCUGUCUACUGCCACCAGUUCCCCCGACGCAGAAUUCUCUGCCAGAAGUCCUGGCUGUUGUUCAGGUGUGUCUGGAGGGGGAGAUCUCUCGUCAGUCCAUCAUGAACAGUCUGUCUCGGGGGAAGAAAGCUUCAGGCGAUCUUAUUCCGUGGACUGUGUCGGAACAGUUCCAGGACCCUGACUUUGGCAGUCUCUCUGGGGGAAGAGUUGUUCGCAUUGCUGUUCACCCAGAUUAUCAAGGGAUGGGCUAUGGCAGUCGAGCUCUUCAGUUGUUGCAGAUGUACUACGAGGGCAAAUUCCCCUGCCUUGAGGAAAAGGAGAUCCAAGAGUCAAAAGGAAUCAGCACCGUGAGCAGUGAGGCUGUCAGCUUGUUGGAAGAGGUGGUGACUCCUCGCAAAGACUUGCCCCCUUUACUUCUCAAACUGAGUGAGAGACCUGCUGAAAAUCUGGACUAUCUGGGGGUUUCCUAUGGCUUGACCCCGAGGCUGCUAAAGUUUUGGAAGCGAGCUGGCUUUGUUCCCGUUUACCUCCGACAAACCCCGAAUGACCUGACAGGAGAGCACUCGUGUGUUAUGCUCAAGAUGCUGAGUGAAGAGGAGGAGGCCGAGCAGGAGCCCUGGCUUUCUGCCUUCUGGAAAGAUUUCAGAAGGAGGUUCUUGUCCCUGCUGUCUUAUCAGUUCAGUACGUUCUCCCCAUCGCUGGCCCUGAAUAUUCUACAGAACAAGAAUAUUGGGAAGAAAGUCCUGGCAGCGUUGAGUCGGCAAGAACUGGAAGCAGUCUUCAUCUCAUACGACCUGAAGAGGUUAGAGAUGUAUUCACGGAACAUGGUGGACUAUCACCUGAUCAUGGACAUGAUCCCGACCAUCUCCAGAAUGUAUUUCCUGAACCAGCUGGGAGAUAUGUCCCUGUCUGCUGCCCAGGCGGCGCUGUUGCUGGGGAUUGGAUUGCAGCACAAAUCUUUGGACCAAAUGGAAAAGGAGAUCGAGCUCCCCAGCAGCCAGCUCAUGGGCCUUUUUAACCGAAUCAUCCGCAAAGUAGUGCAGUUGUUCAGUCUCAUCCAAGAGAAGGCCAUAGAGGAGCAGAUGGUGGCAACAAAAGAUAUUGUAAUGGAACCGACCAUUAAAUCUUUGAAUGAUGACCUGAAUGAAGCUGCUAAGGAAUUCCAGGAGAAACACCAAAAAGAAAUGGGGAAGCUAAAGGAAAUGGACCUCUCUCAAUAUAUAAUCCGUGGUGAUGACGAGGAGUGGAAUGAGGUUUUGAACAAAGCAGGACAAAAUGCAUCGUUGGUCAGUCUGAAGAGUGACAAGAAAAGAAAAUCAGAAGGGGAAAAAGAACCAAAGCAGAACAAAAAGUUGAAGAAGAACAGAAAUAUGAAGCAGAAAAAGGAUAUGAAGCAGAAGCGGAGGAAAUAAUUUCUCCAGUGGACUUGGACGGUGAUCAGUUGACACGCUGUCAGGAUCCCGACUGACUGAGAAAAGCUGUUUCCUGGGCUACCCAGAAACAGCGCUGUGAUUUUUCAAAUAGACUGAAGACCGGAGAGAUGCCAGCGGCCAGAACGGGGCCUGAGGCUGGGAGAGCCAGAUACUCUUCUGGAGGCCCAGAGCAGGUCUCGGCAACAGAUAGUUUCGAUUACAUCCCGAACCCCAACCCGCUCAUGGCUGAUUGGGCCCCCGGAAUCUGGGGGUUGCCCUUCCUGGUCUCCUUUGGGCUCUGGUCCUCUCUUUGUUUCACUGGACUCAGCUUUGCCAUCACCUGUCCACGUAUCCUGAGGAAAGCAGCAGGGGCUAGCUCUCCCCAGGCUCCGCAGGGACUGACCUAGAAAAAAGCCCGUAGGACCGAGAGUCUAACCAAAGGGCUCCCAGUGCAGGCUGGACUUCUUUGGGGUUCCAGCCCCUCUGCAGCCUCCAGGGGGCGCCAUCUGGCCUUGGAAACCACCCUCUGCAACCAAGGAGCUGCUCCCUGGGCUCCUGGAGAGUUUUGGGAGCGUUGCUCUCUUUAGCUCCUUUCACUGGUGCACGCUACCUGCUGCCCCCUUGCAUCUCUGGCGGGGGGAGAGAACUUAAGCUGCGAAUGGUGGUGUUCCCUUUCUCUCGAUUUGGAACUUCUGAACAUUUACAUUAGACAUUAUGGGUAGGGAUGCUGGGAACUGCACCUUUGAUCAGCUGGGGAGGGUGGCUUAGGUCAGGUAUAUAUCGCUUCUUUUUGUUGUUUUCCAUUGAGAAAAGAGGAAACACAUUAAAAUCCUGCAGUUGCAUUUGUUGCCUCUGAGAAUCCUCAGUGGCCUCGUUUCAAA